UUGGAGGCUCUGCGUUUUUGUGCCGGCGUCGAUUUUUCAGUUCGAAAACGAAUGCGGUGCGGUCAAGACAAAGGAAUCGAUUUUUAAUAUAUCGAAAAGCAUUGGAAAAUGUAGCGCAAAAAAAUAAAUUGAAAAUUUUACAAAAAUAUAUAGGAAAACUAUUUUCCAAAAAAGAAAAAUCCAUUGUGUUUUGUGUGUGUGUUUGGGUGGAAAAAUGUGUUGAAAAAUCUGUUGAAGGCAACAACAACAAUAACAAAGACAACAACUUAAAGUAAGAACAGAGCUCAAAGCUGCCGUUAAAAAACAAAUAUAUAAAAAAAGCAAACUAAAUAAAAGAACAAAAAACAUAUUUUUUUAAAUAUUUUUAAAACCUAAAAUAAAAGUCAAACCAAGAAGCAACAAUGGGAAAAGAUCGACUACCUGAGCUUUUACAGCGCUCACUGACCACGAACUCAUCGAAUUCGUCGUCAAACGGUUCACUGUUAUUAAACGUGUACAGUGGAACCACGGAGUUCAUCACCAACAACACCGGUGGUAGCACAAAUAGCUACAGUGUGGUUAGCCAAAACAGCAGCACGAAUAAUAAUAAUAUAAGGGAAUCUAAGGAUCGGUCCAGUUCGAAAAUGUCGCAACAUGGAUCGAAUGUGGACGAUAUACUCAAUCCGUAUACGGAGAUACGGCAACAACUUGCACAGAUAGCCGCCAAUUUGGAGUCAAUGAACCGCAUGGCCCAAACCGUGAAUCUGCGAACGUUUAAUGAGAACGAGAUGGAUGAACUUCACAGCAAAAACCUGAGACUAGGCAAUCAGCUGAUGGCGCGAUUCAAGGACUUCAAGACAAAUCUGCCAGCGGAAAAUGAUUACAGUUUGGAGGCAAGAAUGAAAAGGACCCUCUUCUAUGGCCUCCACCAAACUUUCAUCAAUCUGUGGCAUAAGAAUGAAAUAUUCCUGCAGAACUACGAGACCAAAGUCAAAAAGAAUCUGAGACUGCAUACAAAAAUCAUCAAUUCAGAGGCCAGCGAACAAGAAAUCGAGUUACUCAUCGAGAACAAGACAACAAAACUCUUUGUGGAUAAUUUCCUCCAGGAGACGGAGAAGGAACGGCAGACACUGCGCGAAAUGAUGGAUAGGUUUAACGAGCUGCGCCGCUUGGAGAAGUCCAUAGAGGAAGUGCAUGCCCUGUUCAUGCGCAUCCAGACAUUGGUAUUGGAGCAAAGCGAGGUGAUCCAGCGGGUGGAGUUUCACGCCCAGCAGGCCUCCCUCCACGUAGACAAGGGAGCGGAUGAGCUGGAUCAAGCGGAACAGCACCAAAUAAAGGCGCGGAAGAGAAAAAUAAUGCUCAUAUUGAUAAUUGCCGCUAUUUUAUUAGUAUUACUCCUUGUUGGUAUUUAUUUGUGAUGCAUGUGAGACAAUUUUUUUUUUGUUUAAUUGUAAGAGUUACAUCUAAGAAAAUAAAACUUAAAC